AUGGCAGCCUCCACGAUCGACUUCGACGCUGCAAGGGAAAGAAUUUCGCAAUGUAUAAAAGUUUCCUUAUCUUCAAAUUCCUUUGAUUUGAUCGAUGCACAAUAUGGAAAUAUUGCUGGCAGUGAGGGUGAAAAAAAGAUGGUUUUUGAUCAAUCACUGAGGGAUGUUCUAAAAGACCUCAUAUUGCAAGAGAAGGGUCCAAAAGCAUACAUUGUCAUGAUAGAACUAGCAAUAUCAUCUGUAUAUAAAGGAUUCUGUACACCAUCAACACCAUUUAUAUUAUUGGCUGAUAUCUCAGAGGUUGUCACUUUAGAAGUCUGUGAUGAUAUCUUCAAGUUUGUAGAAACCCGAGUUGAGACAUGGCAAGAGCCUAUAUUCUACAAUGCAGGAAAGAACUAUCUACUUAGAGUCUGCAAUGAUCUGUUGAGAAGACUAUCACAGCCACAAUGUACUGUAUUCUGUGGUCGUAUUCAGUUAUUCCUAGCACGUCUAUUUCCACUCAUUGAAAGAUCGGGAUUGAAUCUGAUGAGUCAAUUCAAUUUGGAUAAUGUUACUGUGUAUAAUACUAAAGAUGUUGAAGGCUCACUAAAGCAUGAUGAAAAAGAUGAGAGCAUGGACUAUGAGGAAGGUGAGAUGGGUGAUUCUAUGAGUGGUACUCCCAUAGAUUACAACUUAUACAGGAAGUUUUGGUCACUACAGGAUUACUUCAGAUAUCCUGUGCAGUGUUACAAUAAAGAAGCAUGGAGAAGAUUUGGUCAACAUUCCAAUGAAGUACUGAGUGCAUUCCAUAGUUUAAAAUUAGAUGAGGUUCACGCAAGUAAAAAGAAAUUAGAACAAAUGAAGAAAGAUGGACACAGAUAUUUUGCCAAAUAUUUAACAAGUGAAAAGCUCUUUGAUUUGCAGCUGAGUGACAGUAAUUUCAGGCGAUACGUACUUCUGCAGUUUCUAAUACUAUUUCAAUAUCUCAAUGCACCUGUCAAGUUUAAAUCUAAAAAUAAACUAUGGUAUGGUAUUUCCUACCAUCGUAACAGGCACAUUUUGAGCCGAGAGGAAAAUUGGAAUACAUGGAAAAAUGAAGGAUGUCCACCUUUUGUCAAAGAAAAAGAGGAUGAUUCUGAAAAGCAGGUCAAAUUACCCAGAUCUCGGAAAAGAAGUAUUGGGGAAGACAUGAAAACUGCCGGUCCCAAUAAAAAGAUUGAUCUAGGAAGUCCUGAAUUAACAAGGUUGUGGAAUAUUAAUCCAAAUAACUUUCAGGCCUGCCAAGAUGAAAGGAGACAGUUUGUUCCUGGUGUUGAUGAAUUAUUUUCUGAAGCCAUUGACCAGGCAGAUCCAGCAGCACAGAUAGAAGAUGAAUACAAACUUAUAAACAACAGUAAUUAUGCAUGGAGGGCAUUGAGGCUGCUUGCUAAGAAAAGUCCACAUUUCUUUCAACCCAGUACACAGCCUUGUAAAUCCAUACCACUUUAUCUAGAGAAUAUGAUAACUAAACUAGCCAAGGAAAUGCCGGCACCAGCUGAAGAAAUUAAAACAGAGGACGAAAAUGCAGAAACUGAUGAGUUUUUGAAAACCUCUGAUGAUGUGGAAACUCCUGAUCAAUCCAGUAUCUUGACGUUGGAUCAACUUGAAAGUGUUGCUAACAAACUUGGUGAUAACUGGAAGACGCUGGCUAAUGAGCUGAAUAUGUCUGAUGAUGAGAUCUCUGCAUUGCAAACUGAACAUCCUGAGGUCAAAGUUCAAGCCAAAGAGAUGUUAUUAACCUGGCAAAUGAAAGAAGGCAACAGCGCUGUAAAACAUGUAUUACUAAGUGCUCUACAAGAAAGCGGACUUAAGGAUAUUGUGGAGUCUGUGUUUCCUGACAAUGAACCAGGAGACACAUAAUUACAUUUUAUAGUUUCUAUUUUAACAUAUUCACUGCCAGAUAGUUUCACCCUAACAUUGUUAUGUCAUUUCUUUCUCAUCUUUUCUCAUUUUCUAUAAAUUAAUUAUCAUUUUGGAAUACAGAUAUAAUAUUAUUAUUAUGAUUUUAUGCUUUCAUUCAGACAUUGAAGAAAUGGCAGUGAAUUUGUUAAUAUGAUAAUCAUAUAAAAAUAUAUCAUGGUCAGUUAGAUUAAAUUCUUUUAGUACAGCUUUCUGAAGAUCACUAAGCAGAGCUACUCAGAUGGCUAGCCAGAAUGGAUUCCUAUUCACCAUGUAAAUAUAUCUUUGAUUAUGUUCGUAAAAACAUGUUUCUCUAGUGUUUAUCAUUAAAUGUUCUAUGUGCAGCA